AAACUACUUCUUCAUCAAACAACCCCUUUAUUACACCAGAUUUUAUUUAUGUUCCAUCCUUUAAUGAUAAUUUUGUUGAACAAGAUCAAACGUCCUAUAUGCCGGAUAAAGAAAUGUAUCAAUCAACAAAUGUAUGUUCAACCACAAUAUCCAGCCCGGUUGUAAUUUACCAACUGUCCGGGAUAAAGAUGCAGCAAGAUACGACGACGAUGCAAUUCGAAUUAGUGUCACAUUUUGUUAAAACCACGGUUUGGUAUUCUACUACCUACGCA